CGAUUGAGUUGGCAUGAGAAGCAACUUUGUAGUUCCCCGUACAUCCUCCUGAAAUUGUUUUGGUUUCAAACAAAAUACCAGCUCCUUUGGUCACACUUUCUCUCCCUUGUACACUUCCCACGAGUCCAUGACAUCAACCUCGCCACAUUCCCAACAACACCCAAAAUCACCAAAAGAAGAGAAUAUGCAAAUCCACGUGUCGGUGAGCACUGAGCUGUGAGCACACAGAAACGAGGCAUGCUUAUCCAGCAAACCAGCCUUGUUGACACUUGACACGUCCAUCAACCACAAAAUUAAAAGGCAAGCACCAGCUAGAUACAUCCAUGUGAAGGUUAACGUGAAGUGUUCCCUUACCAACACGAACAGGGGCUUUACAAAACCUUCCAAAAAUCUGUUCACAAUGCUCCAAAUAGCUGCAGUAUUUCCCUUCUACAAGCAUCGAUCUUUUCAACUAACAGAGCGUGUAUUUCACAACAAAGUAGCCAAAGCCAUUGUCCUCAGCUGCAUGCCAGCAUUAAAUAAAAAAACCAAUCCCCUCACCACCAUCUCAUCAUCAACCAAAGAGCGCAAUUAGCCAGACCAAACAACACCAGCAAGGCAGCUACAGAGAUCUGCCAGUGAUCCGUGCUGAGAUGGCCAAGUUCGUCGUCGCCGCCGCCACAGCCGCGCUGUGCCUGGCGGCCCUGGUUGCCAUGGCCGCCGGCCAAAGCGGGUUCGAGCGGCAGAGGCUCAGGGACCUCCGGUGCCAGCGCGAGGUCGAGGAGAACCCUCUGUGGGCGUGCCGGCAGGUCCUCGACCGGCAGCUGACCGGCGGCAUGCGCUACGGCGUCGGCCCGUUCCGGUGGGGCACCGGGCUCCGGAUGCGGUGCUGCCAGCAGCUCCAGGACGUGAGCCGCGAGUGCCGGUGCUCCGCCGUCCGCCGCAUGGUGCGCGGCUACGAGGAGGCCAUGCCGCCGCUGGAGGAGGGGCCCUACGGCUACGGCGGCGAGCAAGGAGAAGGGUACUACGGCGGCGGCGAGGGAGGGGAGGGGUACCUGCCGUUUCCUCCUAGAAGGAUCGGUCGCGUGAGGUUGACGAAGGCCCGGCAGUACGCCGCGGGGCUGCCGAUGAUGUGCCGGCUGGAGCCACAGGAGUGCAGCGUCUUCUCCGGCGACCAGUACAAGUAGGUGCGGAGUGAGGUGGUGCGGCGGCGUGCAAGAGCUUGCAUGCACGCGUGCAAAUCCUGAAUAAAGUAGCUGUGACGUGGGUUCUCAGUUCUCACAUUGUUGUGUGCUACAAAUACAAUAAUGAUGAUAAGUGAUGAAUAAGGAAAUGUGGCCAGCUGGUACUGGUACGAUUCUACA